AUGACUAAUGUUUUUAUGUUUCCACAGGGCACCGGCUACCUCAGGAGAGCCAAGACAGACAACCUGCGAGAGAUCUUUAAUAAGUAUGCCUCGGUAGAAAAGAGUGGAGAGCGGUACAUGACAGCAGCUGACUUUGUGCGGAACUAUCUUGGUCUGUACGCUGAACCUAACUACAACCCCAACUCGAUCACACUGCUUGGAGGAAUUCUUGACACCAGCAAGGAUGGCCUCAUUUCAUUUGCUGAAUUCCAUGCUUUUGAGGGCCUUUUGUGUGUCCCAGAUGCUCUCUAUAAGACAGCCUUCCAGCUUUUUGACACCAUGGGUACUGGAAUGGUCACUUUUGAGGAAUUCGUUGAGGUGAUCAAGCAGACUGUACUUCACCAGAAAGUGCCCUUUGACUUCGAUAGUGAAUUUGUCAAGAUGUAUUUUGGGAAGGAGAGAAAACGUGUCAUCAAUUAUGUCGAGUUUUCUCAGUUCCUGCACGAUUUUCAUGAAGAGCAUGCAGUUCAGGCUUUUAAGUCUCAUGACAAGCAGGGUUCUGGCUUCAUUACCGCCAUGGAUUUCAAUGACAUCAUGCUCAGUGUUAAGGCUCACCUGCUGACAGUUCCUGUACAAAAUAAUCUUGUUGCGGCUGCUACAGGCCAUAAAGUAAGCUUCCCAUUCUUCAUGGCAUUCAAUUCUUUGCUUACAAACAUGGAGCUCUGCAAGCGUAUCUACCUCAAUUCAUCGGGAGGCUCCCGUACCCAGGAAAUAACCAAAGAGGAAUUCCUGCACUCAGCCCAGAUGAUGUCACAAAUUACUCCGCUGGAGGUGGAAAUCCUUUUCCACUUGACAGAACUUAUCAGCGAGAGUUCUGGCUUGCUCAGGCUGCACGAAGGGAGAAUAGUAUAUAGUGACCUAGAAGCCCUCACCCCUGAGCAGUAUAUGAAGGUAAUCACUCGCAAGUUGACGGACAUCAAGGCUGUCCAAAGCCCUGAGCAACGUGGUAUCUUCAUUCAAGUUCUGGAGCAAGUUUACAGAUUCACCCUUGGUGCAUUUGCUGGUGCUGUUGGUGCUACAGCUGUGUAUCCUAUUGAUCUAGUUAAAACGAGAAUGCAGAAUCAGCGUACUGGCUCCUACAUUGGUGAACUUAUGUACCGCAACUCCUUUGAUUGUUUUAAGAAGGUAAUACGUCAUGAAGGAGUCAUGGGCCUGUACCGAGGCUUGGUACCCCAGCUCAUUGGUGUGGCUCCCGAGAAAGCUAUCAAGCUUACGGUGAAUGACUUAGUUCGUGACAAACUUACUGACAAAAAGGGCAAUAUUCCCUUGUGGGGUGAAGUGUUAGCUGGCAGUUGUGCGGGCGGCUCUCAAGUAGUCUUCACCAAUCCCCUCGAGAUUGUCAAGAUUCGUUUACAAGUGGCGGGUGAGAUCGCAACUUCCAAGAAACCAUCUGCUAUUGCUGUUGUUAAGGAACUAGGAUUUUUAGGACUGUAUAAGGGUGCACGUGCCUGUUUGCUACGAGAUAUCCCAUUUUCUGCUAUAUAUUUCCCAGUUUAUGCACACUCAAAACGUUUGCUAGCUGAUGAAAAUGGGUACAACUCUGCUUUGAGUCUUCUCAUUGCUGGUGCCAUUGGUGGUGUCCCAGCUGCAUCUUUGACAACUCCAGCUGAUGUUAUUAAAACCCGACUACAAGUAGCUGCUCGUGCUGGCCAGACUACAUACAGUGGAGUUUUUGAUGCUGCACGCAAGAUUUGGAGAGAAGAGGGCACCAAGGCUUUCUGGAAAGGCGCACCUGCUCGAGUGUUCAGAUCAUCUCCACAGUUUGGUGUCACUCUGGUAACUUAUGAAAUCUUGCAGAGACUGUUCUACGUUGAUUUCGGUGGCAUUCGGCCAACAGGGUCAGAAGCCCAGCUGCCGGCUACAGCAGCAGAUCACCGUUCAACCAACCCAGAUCACAUUGGUGGUUAUAAAGUUGCUGUUCCGAUAUUUAGAGGCAUUGAAUCGAAAUUUGGUCUCUUCCUUCCACGAUAUGUGUGAGAGUGUGAGAGGAUAUGUUAUGUAUAUAUUUUGGGGAUUAGUUACUAUGAAAUGUGAAUUUGAAUUAGAGCUCCAGCAUCCUAAAAUUAUUUAUUACGAAUAAAUACCCUGUGAAUAAUGGUUUUAUUUUUAUCUUGUUUAUUCUUUUUGUAUUUAAGGAGCUUUUAUUACACUUAAACUUUUUUUUUAAUGAAUGUAUCCAUUGGGUGAUACGUGACUGAGAAUUUCUUCCGUCUAUUGCUUUAAAUGCCAUAUUGUAUGAUAAAAUAUAUGCACGAUAAAUCAAAGCUUGUUCCAACAAGUCUCGUUGACACUAUCACUAUUUAGGGCUAAUAUGUGUAAUUAUUUAGAAUAUGUACAUACAGUAGUGUUAUCAUAUUCAGCCCAUACAUUGUAGUAACUUUUCAUAAUUAGUCAGUUACCAUUUGUAUAUUUUCCAGUUUGUUACCUCAUCACUGAGGUAAAUUUUAGAGAUUAUAUUAUUAUAAUUAAUCUUAUUUAUUGAUACUGCUCAUUUCUUCCAAUUAUAAUUUCUUAAAAAGGAAGGUUAUGAAAAUAUGUAUGAUAAAGCUUAGUAAUGUAGUAAUGUAGAUACAGCACAUGUAUCAAGUUUACAUACUGUACUCUGCUAAAUAUUCAAGCUGUGAGAUAAAUUGAGGUAAUUAGUACUGACUGGGCAACAAGAAUAUUUAAACAUUGUUACCAUAAGUAAAUUAAAAAUUUCUGGAUACAUAAUUUUUUGUUUCUGUAGAUAUCCAAAAGAUACUUGUGAAAACUGUCUAUUCAGUGUCAGAAUCAAUUGAGGCGCUCCCAUUGAUAGUGACGAAUCAACCAAUGGCGCCUAAAUCAGAUUCUUGUUUCAAUAAUAGGAAGCCCGACUCUUUCUCUACCCAAUACAGGGUUUAUUCGUCAAUAAACCCUGUAUUGGGUAGAGAAAGAGUCGGGCUUCCUAUUAUUGAAACAAUAAUCUGAUUUGGGUGCCAUUGGUUGAUUCGUCACUAUCAAUGGGAGCGCCUCAAUUGAUUCUGACGCCGAAUACACAGUUAAAUUAAUAUUUCUAACUCUACAGAAAUAAUGGCAACUCGUGUACAGAUAUUAAUGUACAUACUGUACUAUAUUGUAGUACAUGUUGUGUAGUCAAAAUAUUCAUAUAUGUGGUCAUGAAAUCUGAAAUGCACAAACCAUUAUGUUGGUGAUUUAACUGAUCUUACUUUAACUUGUUUAAUAAUAAUGGUCGACGUGCUCAGGUAUACAAGGUAUUAGUUUUCAAGUACUGUACGUAAGUAUUGGAAUGAGAAGAAAUUUUCUUUUCUUCAAGAGUAAUAAAUCAUGCUUAUCUAUUAUUGUUAUCAUUUAUGCAGGUACUGUACCACAAAAUGUAUUCAUGAUAAUUCACAUUGUAGUAAGUGACACUAAGAAGUGAUCUAAGCAAGUAUUGUCUGAACCCUGAUCUGUUACAACACCCAUACGAUGUUUACACAAUUUGUUUUGACUCCCAUAAUUUAAUUUUAAUUUAAUAAUAUUUGGAUCUCCAGAAUUCACAUGAGCUAAACAAUUUUUUUUCUUCUAAGAAUGAAUACUUAAUAUACCUGUAAUUGUUGAUAUUUUUUAUAUAAUAUAAAUAUUCUUUGGCGCUUGAUGAUAACCUAUCACUAGCCAUCCUGGUGUAGCUAGUUUUAAAUAUAAAGUUGCUGCUCUUCAGCUAAUACGGUCUAAAAUUAUACAGUGGGGUCUCAUUUUAUGAGGGUCUCGCUUAAGCUAUUAGUUGAAAUGUGACAAAUAGUUAUAGCUUAAGCAGAAAGUCAUGGUUAGCAGUAUAGCGUUAAUUUGGCGAUCUUUUGCUUAUUUAGUGAUUAUAGUCAUCACUGAGCCAAUUGAGAGUCUGAGCUCUCCUUGUGGCACCUAAUAUAUACAGGCAUCCCUGGGUUACGGAAGGGAUGCUUCCUUUAAAAAUUUUUCCGUAAUGCAGGACUAAUUUUCCCAUUGUCUCCCAUUAUAUAAUUGGAGUUGCGUUCCCAAGGAAAUAUUUUCAGCAAAUAUACGUAAUACAAGCAUACAUAUGAAUGAAAAUAAACAUUUUUAAACACUUAAUGAUUCAGUCACAAUGUUGAAUGCAGCGUGAGGUGAUGAGGUAAGGUGGUGUGAUCUGAGCUACUGGGAGUUACCUCCAUAAAACCUCCAACAUAAUUCCUUUAAGGGAUCUUUUGGCACUACUGCUUUUUCUUUUACUUUAUAGUCUCUUUCCACUCAUCUUGAAUAAGGGUACACAGUAACACAGUCCUGAACACAGAUGCAACACUGAAUAUGCUGGGAUUUGAAAUCAAACUGAGCACUGUUAGCGUGGGUGCGACACCCUUCACCAUAUUAUAGCUACCACCAAGAAAUCCAAACGAAAUAAAUUUUAUAAUUUAGGUGAAAUUUUUUGUUGCAUAUCGUGAUUAUGUUUGAAAACUUUAAAAUUUACCCUAAUUUCGUAAGGGCAAAUUUUUGGGCCAUAUCCCGAAUUUAUUGGUUAUAAUUUCUAAAUUCCAUAACCAGGGGGAUGCGUGUACAUUUAUCUCAAGAAUUUUUAUAUAACACUUAGUAUUAUCUGGAUUAGUAUAGGUAACAUGGUAUUGGUAUAAAUACAUAUGAAAAUGUUACCAUGAGUAUAAGUGCAUACCAUUAGAAGUACUCUGUAGUACAGUUAAUUAAAGAAGAAUUUAUUUUAUAAAAUAUAUUAUACUGUACUCUAUUCAUCAUUAAAAUAUAUACUGUAUUAUUUUUAAUGGAGAUAUUGUACAGUGGUCUAAUCAGAUUUGAUAUAGGCCUAACGAGAGCUAAUUAUGUACAAGGGAAGACACCAUGUGUAAACAUGGUGGAGGUUGGGGGUGGGGGAGCGGGCCAUUGUCAUGGUUGCAAGUUUGUUUUGUUUAUUUAUAAUUAUACAGUAUUCUCAAAAUUAGUAUAUUAUGGUGCAUGUUUCAUCAUAAAUAAUAUAACACGGAAUUAAAUAGAAAAAAUACGAUAUAUAAUUCGACUUCAAAACAAAAGGACAAGCUGAAUCAGAAGGUACAGGUAUCCCCCGAUCUAAGAUAUUCCGCUUUACCGAUGGUGAUGUAUUAAAACCACUCCCCUAUCUACGAUGUAAAGAAUCCCCAUGAACGAUGGUCAUUGUCUGGCCAAACCACUUCACAGUCACAAAAACUUAUAAAAAAUCACUUCACAAUCACCAAAGCAAUGUGGACAUUAGUGAUGUCCUGUCACUGUAAGGUUAAAAAAAAGAAACUUUUGUAUCAGCACUGAUACUGACCGAUAAUCAUUGAAAUACAAGAUCUCAGCCAUGUGGCAUCACCAAAGAACAUAGCUUGCUACUGUAGUGCACCAGGUAGCCACUUGGCGAUGCUCAUGUUUGUUGUAAACAUGAGCACUGCCACGUGGCCACCUGGUGCACUACAGUAGCAAGCUAUGUUCUAUGGUGAUGCCACUUGGCCGAGAUCGUGUAAUUCAACACUAAUCGGUCCGUAUCGCUGCUGUUACUUAUCGUUUUUUUUUUUUUAUCACAGUGAGAGGACAUUUUUGGGAGUGAUUUUAUGAAUUCAGUAAAACCUUUUCUUGUUUAGUAGCAUGUAAGAAAUAUCUGCAAGGUGCUUAUAAAUCAGAAUAUUGGCAGUAUUUGAAAUAUUAACCACCCUCAAGUAUUUAGUAUUUACACUACAGGUAUUCCUAGUUUAACGUGGGGAUGCAUUGCAGAAAACAUAACUUUAAGCAAAAUUUUCACUAAACAAGGGAGAACAUGGAUAAUCGGUGUUCAAGGAAUUUUUUUUAACCUAAAUACACUGUACGACCAUAUUUAAUGAUAAUUUACUAUAAUAACAAUAAUAAACUACAGUACGCUACAGUAAAGUAACACUCACGAAGUCGCUGUAUGAUGUCAAGUUUCACCUCCAAGCUCCAAAAAUUUGCAGAAGAUCUUGACCUUGCCUAAUGAGGAAGGUGAAACAGCAGUACGCUUACCCGACAUUUUUUCUUCAAAUUUCAUUCACUUUACACAAUAUCACAAUAAAUAACAGUACUGUACUUAAUAACUUUUUAAAGUCACAAUGAUAACGAUGCACAGCGAUCACAACUAAAGUGUAUGCGGUGAUAAAAGUGAAGCACAAAAGACAAUGAUCAAACGACAGGCAGUAAACAUUUAGUAUAUGGCGUGGGUGAAUAGGUGGCGCAGGUAGCAUAAACAAGUAACAGUAGAAAUGUGCAAUUGGAGCACAGAAUCCCCAGUUUUUCCCACAACAUUCCAGAGAUUUUCUGCCUUCCCAGAGAGUCAAGCUAUCACUAAACCAAGUUUUGACCUAACAUUAACCGAGAAAGGGUGUUAAAAAGUUUAUAUUAUUAAACUGAAUUAUUGUUAAAUUAAUUAAUGCUAGAAGAGGGAUACCUGUAAUGGAUAUAUCCUCUAUAGAAAUUAGAUUUGAUAGAUUUCUUCUUUUAUCUUAAAAUCAUUUUGUUUUAAGACAAGACAAAUGGAAAAUGAAUGUAUGAUACAUCAGGGUUCAGAAAAUAAAACAUGCUUCACACAAAUUAAAAAAUACCUCACUAUUAAGGAGGUGCUUUUUUCAGCUAGGUGAAAAUUUUCAGAAAAGUGUGUAACAAUGAUACUUUCUGAAUGUUCCGUAACUGACCCCCAAGGAUUCCCCUUCAAAAGUCUUAUCACAAGGACAUCAACCACAACAAAGAUGUGAAAAAUGACAGCAGAUACUCGCAACAAUGAUAAUGAAUGAUAAAUAGACAAUGAUAGAUGAAAAGGAGUCAUUAUAUACCAUAUCCCAAUUUCCAUUAAAGUUUGUUGCGACAAAUAGGCAUAAACAUGAUAGGCCUACUUUUAGUGCAUCAUUCAUAUAUGGCUAUAUGAAUAAAAGUGAUGUUAAAACCAAAGUAUAGGAAACUUGUGUACAGUACUGUAUUAAAACAAAACACUUUAUAUUAAUUUAUAUUAACUUAAUUUAAUUUCCUACUUGUACUUUAAUUACAACUGAUAUUGUUAACAGGUUUUGAGGAGCGUAAACAUAUAUUGCUCAUAUAACAAUAUAUAUUUUUUAAUUUGGUAGGUGGCAAAAUGCGGAUUUUAUUGUCUUUUCAUGAAGAAAUACAGGUGUUUUCUAAUGUAAAUAAUAAAUGUACCUUAAUUAGAAUUAUUAAAUUAACAGAGGUCUUCAGUUAGAAAAGUGAUCAUUUAAGAUUUAAGUUAGAUAAUAAGUAUGUAUUGUAUCAUGGCCUCUAUGUAUAAAAGAAAAAUAAAGUACCUGUAUGCACUGUCUGUGUAAUUAUUAUAUUUGAAGAUUAAUUUAUUGCAAAGUAUAAUAACAAACUUUUACUGCAUACAAUUUAUGUAUGUAUGUGACCAAAGUUUUAUCAGGUAACUUAAGUACAGAAUUUCAUAUACCUGUAGUGUAUAAUUAAUUUUACCUUCAAAAUCUACUGUUUGUAAAAAGUAAUUUGAUAUUGACUACUUUUGUUUUUGUGUAAGAAGCUUACUAUUGACAUGUCAACCAUUUGUCAAGAAAAUUUAAAACAUAUACAUAAGGUUGUGGAUUGAUACAAAUGCCUGGUCUCUAAACACAUGGACAUAUUAAUCCUGUGCACAAAGAAUUAUAGAAGAGUUUGACUAAUUUGCUGUAAAUAGAUGUUAUUGUUGUUCAACUGCAUAGCAAGCAUUUGCUGUGCAAUCACAGUUUGUGAGGCCAUUAAAUAUGGAUCUUA